AUGACUACACGACGAGAGGCACACUUUCAUGCCGUCUCGAUAGGGCGCGUCCAGGGUGCAUCUAUUGCCAGGAUCAGCUCUCGUGAUAAUCUAGCCACACAUCCACUCCUCUCUUCCAGUCCAUCUACCCUUUCCCCGAGUCCUACACCGGAAGCUCAGUCUUCCUCAAUACCAAAGUAUGUGCCAUACACGCCUAGACAGAGGUUGCCUACAACCAGCACCACUGCCCAACCGCCAGUUUCAGUCUCUCCGCAGCACCAACUCACGGGCGGUGCGACUAGCAAGCUCCAGCUGAUGAACCUCAAGGCCGCAGCACAGGACAUUGGCCUUGAUGCUGCAUGCCUUGGGUGGGUAAUGUUAGAGAAACUAAGCCAAGAUGGAGAGACAGAAGAGUGGGCUGAAAUUUGGGGUGCCAUUACCAAGGGCAAGGCGUCUCUACUGCUCCCACUUGAGAAAUCCUCAGGACAGGAGAAGAUCACGCCUGAUUUCAUGUCAGAUCAUGUGCUCAUGUGCAAUCCUUUAUCCAAAGAAAAUACUCAAGUAGUUACACUUUCUGGCUUGCGCGGACACUUAUCUAGUGAAAAUUUGACGUUUCGCUCCUCACUCCCGCCCACAAAGUUACCCGACAUCACACUCUCAUCUCUUCCCCCACUCCCUUCAAUCCCAUCAGACUCUGGAUACCCCUCAUAUGCAGUCCCAGCACACAGCACCUCCAUCCCAAUUCAAGUUCGUCCACCAAAGCCACCCUUACCUCCGCGACCCACACCUGCUACCCAACCUUCGCGCCUCGCCAUGCCUUUCGCUUCUCUAUUUGGCGCCAAGCCCAUGACCACACCCCCAACAAUCGCUGCUCCCCUCCCACCCAUACAGACGCCAUCAAUACCUCCCCCAGAGGAUCAUCCCAUUCUCGUCAGUGCAUUCAGUAUUUCCCGUGCGGUAUAUCGACAUGAUGUGAUGCGAGAUGUUCUUGCUGCGCUUAAGUCCGAGCUCACAUCGACUCUUGAAACGGCUGGUAUCCCGGCAAUGAUCAUCGAGCGCGUACAAUCCUUUGCGUCCCCAUUGCUUCCGUUUGUGAGAGGUCCUGCUGGGAAGAAGAAACUUCACGAUAUUGGCGCAAGCCCAAGUAAACACGGAACAUGGGCCGUCAAUCUCGAUGCAGGGAAAGAUCGCUCCGAAGAAUUGGCUGAGAAAUUUCAAGAGUUCUAUCUGGAGUUGGAGGGAGAAGUACGAGCUGAAAUUGAGAAAGAGAAAGGCGAGGCACCGGAAGAAGAAAAAGAGUCCAGGGUUAAGGAGCUCGUUGAGGUGGUGGAGGGGGCUCUAUCUACCUUGUUUUAUGAUCGACUAUUCCUUCCAUCUCACUCUGAUGAUGCCUCGCAUGACGAAGCACUAUCAAGCCACAUCGCAGCUCUCAACGUUCUUGAUCUGGGGCUCGAGCAUCUUGAUGUCGAUGUUGGCAGCGCUGGGUCCGAGAUCGAUGUCGUAGUCCGAGCGUGUGGAGAGACGUUAUCUCAGCUAGACGUUUCCUGUAGAUCUCCCGGUGACAAGGCAGCUGUGCUGGUUGCAGUGCACAAGCUCAUAGUAGAUGGUCUUUCCCGCCUUCCUCCGAUUAAACUCAGCAAUGGCGAAAAACAGCAUGAGGAACACGAGCCGCUGCAGCGAAAAGCGAGUCCACCCCCAGGACCGAUCGAAGCUGUGGACGUCGCGCUCGUUACUUCUCCCGAUGCGCUUGUUGCUUCUCCUGAUGCGCUCGUUGCUUCUCCCGAUGCGCUAUUCUCACCUGAUCCACAAUUCGAUGGGGAUGCAGCUCAUGGCUCACCCGACAAGUUGUUUCUCUCGCCUAGUGUCUCAUCCCCACAGGCUUCAUAUUCGACUACAGUACUCUCAUCCAUCCCCGUCCCACCUCGCGCUUCCUCGCCCCGACUGACCGUCUCCCAUGUCCAAGAGCCGACGACAGUAUCAGGCGAUGUCCUGCUCCCACUCCUCAUAUUUGCUGUCGUCAAAUCAAACCCCGCACGCCUGGUCUCGCACCUUCUAUUCACGCAGCGUUAUCGUAAUGCUGCUUUCGCUGGUGGAGAGGAGCGGUACUGUUUGAUCAAUUUGAUGGCUGUUGUGGAAUUUCUGGAGAAUGUGGAUCUUGGUGCUGUGGGUGUUGGAGGUAUUGGUAUUGUUAGCACCGCGCACCUCACCCCAAUUCCAAUCGUGCGUACUACACUUCCACCAGAUGCGCCUGUAGACGCGCCUGGUGGCCUCCGCGGACGCGUAGAACAAGGCGUCGACGCCAUCGCAGGGUCUGCUAAUAAAGUCAUCUCCGGCGUCGUUGACAGCUCAUUCGGCGUACUCCGCUCAUUCUUACCAUCUGCCCCCACCUCAGCAUCUGCUCCGACUCCAGCAUCUGCCCUGACCUCCACAUUCACGUCUGCUCCCACCACAGAGACCAGUGACGCGCGGUGGAACAUGGGGCUGUUGAGGCGAGAGAGUGGGUUCUCGAUUGCAAGUUUGGUGCCAGGGAGGAAGGCAGAUGGGAAGGGGGAGGGGGAGGAUGGGCAGAGGGAGCUCGUGGCGGUAUCGUCGCGCCCGGGUUCCAUACACUCGAUUUAUGUGAAUGAAGAUGUGGGGGUGGAAGGGGCGGAGGACGAGAGUGAAGCGAGUGACGACGAGGACGAGGAAGACGGUGAGGAAGAUGAAGAUGAAGAUGAAAGUGAGGAAGAAGAACAUGCCCAUGAUGCAAAAAGCAUUCGAAGCUUCGAGAGCAUGAUGAGCGGGAAUAGCGUGAAAGCACGAAAAAAGAAGAGGAAGCUUGCUUCGCUCAGUAGGAAGAGCUUGACGGACCGGUUGGCGCAGGUACCAGGGCUUUCAAGGCUGUCAGGAACGGAUGUACACAAGACGGUAUCACCCCCAAUCACACGCUCCUCACUGUUGCUCCCCUCGCACCACAACCGCCUCGACUCACCAGCAUCAUCGCGUGCACCUUCUCCCAUUUCUAUACGGCUUCCUGCGCCUAGCAAGCGGUUUAUGGAGUGCGCGGAGGAUGAUUUGAGGGUAUCAGAGGUGGGGGAGUUGUUGAGAGAGUAUAGACGAUUAGUGGAGGGUGUGCGGGCUAUGGGUGCAUUUGAUGAGUGA